GAAAAUUAAAAUAAAUGUCUAUUCUUUAGACAUCUCUAUAGUAGUUUAUUCCUGUCUGUUUCUAAGUGUCUUUAUCUUUUGUUAUUUUCUUAUACAUCUUGAUAAUUGAACAUCCAAUAUUGCUUAAGCAUGAGAAUAAAUAUCAAUGUGUAAGACUAGUCAUAUCUAUUUAGAAUUGUAACUUUUCAAAGAUGACGACUGCAGGUGGCUCAUCACAAUCAAAUGCAGCCGUGCAAGAGUUUAAGAUCAGAGUUCCAAAGAAUGUAAAGAAAAAGUACCAUGUAAUGAGAUUCAAUGCCACGCUCAAUGUAGAUUUUGCAAAAUGGACACAUGUCAAGAUGGAGAGGGAAAACAAUAUAAAAGAAUUCAAAGGAUUGGAAGAAGAAAUGCCAAAGUUUGGUGCUGGCUCGGAGUACGGCCGAGAUGUAAGAGAGGAAGCGCGACGCAAGAAAUUUGGUAUUAUAUCGCGCAAAUACAAACCUGAGGACCAGCCGUGGAUCCUGAAAGUGGGCGGCAAGACUGGCAAGAAAUUUAAAGGCAUCCGCGAGGGUGGCGUGUCAGAGAACGCGGCGUAUUACGUGUUUACGCACGCGGCAGAUGGCGCUAUAGACGCGUACCCACUACAAGAAUGGUACAACUUUCAGCCUAUCCAAAGGUACAAAGCGCUAUCUGCCGAGGAAGCGGAACAAGAGUUUGGAAGACGAAAUAAGGUAAUGAAUUACUUCUCGCUGAUGUUCCGUAAGCGAAUGCGCGGCGACGAGGGCGCCGACGAGGCGGAGGACCCUGAUGAGAAGAAGACUAAAGGAGCUAAGGCAAAGAAAGAUUUAAAAAUAUCUGAUAUGGACGAGUGGAUAGAGUCCGGCGAAGAUUCAUCAGAGUCAGAAGCCGGUGAGAAAGAAGACUCCGACUCUGGGAGUAAGAAGAAGAAAGACAAAAAAGCUGCAGCGAAUAAGAAGAAAAAGAAGAAGGUGGAAGACGAGGCGUUCGAGGAGAGCGACGAUGGGGACGAGGAGGGCCGAGAGAAAGACUACAUAUCCGAUUCUUCAGACAGUGAAUCAGACCACGAGACAAAGGCUAACAAGGAACUAAAGGGAGUCGCCGAGGAAGACGCGCUCAGGAAGCUGUUGACCUCAGAUGAGGAUUCGGAAGAGGAGCAAGAGCAGAAGCAGGAGUCGGAGCAAGAGGACGAGCCCACGAAGGAAGGAGAGGAGCGGGCCAGCAAACUCACCAAGAAGAAAAAGAAGAAUGAAGAAAAGAAAGAGUCGAGCAGUGAGUUCAGUUCGGACUCGGACACCGACCCGGAGAAUAGCAGCAGUAAGAAGCCCAAGAAAAGCAAGAAGGAGGACAAGAAUGGAGUGGCCAGCGGUGCUUCCGCACCGGGCAGUGCGAGCACGUCCCGUGCAGGCUCGCCGGCGCCGGCGCAGGGGGCCGCCCCGACCGCACCUGCUACACACAGUGGCUUUCCACCCGCUAAACGUGCCAAGCUCGACCCUGCAUAUGUCAACGAGUGCGGCGUGACAGAGGAGGCGGUGCGGCGGUACCUCGCGCGGAAACCGAUGACCACUACGGAACUGCUCACCAAAUUCAAGUCCAAACGGACGGGCGUGAGCAGCGAGCGGCUCGUGGAAACGAUGACUCAAAUACUGAAGCGGAUCAAUCCGGUCAAGCAGAAUAUCAAUGGAAAAAUGUACUUGAGUAUAAAGCAGACGUGAUCUUUGUAAAUAAAUAUUGUAUUUAUUUA